AUGCAAAAACCCUGCAAAGAAAAUGAAGGAAAGCCCAAAUGCAGCGUGCCAAAGAGGGAGGAAGAAUGCCCCUAUGGAGAAUUUGAACGCCAACAAACGGAAUGGAAUUUUAGACAGAGGCUGCUUCAGUCUCUCGAAGAAUUUAAAGAGGACAUAGACUAUAGGCAUUUUAAGGAUGAAGAAAUGACAAGAGAGGGAGAUGAGAUGGAAAGGUGUUUGGAAGAGAUAAGGGGGCUGAGAAAGAAAUUUAGGGCUCUGCAUUCUAACCAUAGGCAUUCUCGGGACCGUCCUUAUCCCAUUUAA